AUGUGGAAGAGGCUUGCGCUUACAGUGGUUGCAGUUGAGUUGGGGAGACGGAGUGGUAAUCCGAGAAAAGGGGAAGGAUCUAAGAGGUCAAGUUUAACAAAUGGAAGCCCUGGUCAAAGUCAAGGUCCUGGUUUGUGUUUGUCUAGUGCAACUCCUUCAUCUAGCCCAGCAACAGCAACCGAUGCAUCUUCUUUGCCAAGUGGAGGUGUGAGUGGAGUUGCUGCUGUAGGUUCUGGUUCUAGUGGCCACAAUGUUGAUGAUGCUGGUACUGGUGCUAACUAUCCUGGUGGACAAGAAGGAGCAAAUACUGCAAAUGCCACCGUUGUUGAAGGUGAUGAGGCGCCAAGUGGAGAUGAAUAUGAACUAGAUGGAAAGAGGCAAAAGAGGUGCACAUCUGGUUUCUGGACACAUUUGAGGGUAGCACACAGUGUACAGACGGGCCAGCAGCAAUUAAAGGUGGAAAAAGAUGGUGCACAAGAAAUCAAAGCUGUUGUAACAUACAGGUAUGAUGAAGAGGCCAACUUGAGAAAGUUUUACUUGGCAAUAGUCAUGCAUGAGUAUCCAUUCAAUAUAUCUGAGCACGAGUAUUUUGUUGAUUUCAUCAAAUCACUACGCCCUAGCUUUCCAAUCAAAUCUAGAGUUACCAUUAGGAAAGAAAUUAUGAACAUGUUCUUAGAGGAAAAGGAGAAGUUGUAUGCUUAUUUCAAAUCUGUUCCUUACCGGCUCAGUGCCACCAUGGACAUGUGGACUUCAAAUCAGAACAAAUCAUACAUGUGUGUCACCGUUCAUUGGAUAGAUGAAAAUUGGUGUGUUCAGAAAAGGAUUGUGAACUUUGUGCAUGUAGAGGGCCGUCAUACUGGUGCCAAGUUGUCAGAGACAUUUACUGAACUCAUGGUUAAGUGGAAUAUUGACAAGAAAUUGUUUGCCCUGACCUUGGGCAAUGCAUCAGCAAAUGAAGUUGCAGUCAAAGACAUCAUAUCUGAUCUGAGGGCUAAUUCUAGUGCUUCAGCUUUGGUAUGUGAUGGCCUAUUCUUUCAUGUGAGGUGUGCUUGUCACAUACUAAACCUAGUUGCUAGGGAUGGUUUGAGUGUAAUCACACCCACAAUUGAGAAUAUUAGAAAACUUGUUCUUGCUGUUAAAGGAUCUCCCUUGCAAUGGGAAGAACUCAUGAAGCGUGCAACUGAGUGUGGACUGGAUACAAACAAGGGCCUGUCACUUGAUGUAUCAACAAGAUGGAAUUCAACAUAUUUGAUGCUCCGAGAUGCCUUGUACUAUAAGAAUGCAUUCAUGAGGUUGAAAUCAUCAGAUCACCGUAGGUAUGAAAACAUUACUCCAUCUCCUAGUGAAUGGGCUAUGGCAUUCAAACUUUUCCAAUGCUUGAAGAAAUUCUUUGAUCUCACUGAACUAUUUUCUGGUACUCUAUACCCCACUGCAAAUCUGUUCUAUAUAGGGUUUUGUGAGAUAAAGAUUUUGCUAGAUGAAUGGUCCGUUAGUCAAGAUAACACUAUUUGUACAAUGGCUACUUCUAUGAGUAGGAAGUUUGAAAAAUAUUGGAAGAAGUCAUCCACCACAAUUGCUGUUGCUUGUUUCCUAGAUCCUAGGUAUAAGAAAAGGCUUAUAGAGUUCUACAUGAGAAAAUUCCAUGGAAAUGCAUCUCAUGUUCAUGUUGAUGAACUUGUUGAUGUCAUCAAGAAACUGUACCAGUUCUAUGUUCAUGACGCACCCAUGUCUUCGAGGCAUAAAGGCAAAUCAAAUGCACCUAGUCAUAUGGAGAUCGAUACAGCGGACCUUUUAGUGGAUAAUGGAGAUGACGAACUAGAGAGCUACCUGUAUGAGUCUAGUGGGCCGAAUGGUGCUGAAAUGAAUGAGUUGGAUAAGUAUAUGGCAGAUCCACCUCUCCGGCUUAGUGGUCAGUUUGAUGUCUUGGCAUGGUGGAAGAACCAGACUGAUGAGUAUCCUGUUCUUUCAAGAAUAGCUCAUGAUUUGCUGGUUGUACAAGUCUCUACUGUAGCUUCUGAAUCAGCUUUUAGUGCUGGUGGACGUGUAGUUGAUCCUUUCCGUAGCCGCCUUGAACCUGAAAUUGUUGAAGCUUUGAUAUGCUUGAAAGAUUGGAUUGCUGCAGGAAGAAGAGAAAAGAAGGUUGGUUCCAUUGUUUGUGAUCUUGAAGUUAUUGAGGCCCUUGUAGAAAAGUUGACUAUUGAGGACGAUGAUGUUGCGGACAGUGAUGGAGAAAUGGAUGCGCAUGGGUCAUGGUCAGCUGCAAAUGAGCAUGAUUUCUAUGGCAUUUAA